GGCCUGUGACGUCACGGGGCCGGUUCCCAGGCUCGCUGCGGGAGAGAGGAGGCUGCUGGGCGGAGAGACAGGAGAGAGAGGCUGGUCCAGGCUGGAGAGGAGCCGGAGCUACACCUCAUCUGGAAACACCGGCUGCUGCCUUUCUUUCUCUCUCUCUCUCUCUGUGGGAAUAAAACAACAACCCAGGUUAAAGCCGUCCCGGAGGUUCACGCACUAAAGAGAGUCGUCAGAGCGGUGCAAUGGAGGAUGGGAAGCCGGUGUGGGCGCCACACCCAGCGGACGGGUUCCAGCUGGGGACGAUUGUGGACAUCGGCGCCGACAGCCUCACCAUCGAACCUCUCAAACAGAAGGGAAAGACAUUUCUGGCUGCUGUAAACCAAGUCUUCCCUGCAGAGGAGGAUGUCAACAAACAUGUGGAGGACAACUGUUCUUUGAUGUACUUGAAUGAAGCCACUCUGCUCAACAACGUCCGUGUGAGAUACAGCAAAGAUAAGAUUUAUACGUUUGUAGCCAACAUCCUGAUCGCAGUGAACCCGUACUAUGACAUCCCAAAGCUUUACUCUCCGGAGACCAUCAGCAAGUACCGGGGGCGGUCGCUGGGCACGCUGCCGCCGCACGUCUACGCCAUCGCUGAUAAGGCGUACCGGGACAUGAAGGUCCUGAAGAUGAGCCAGUCCAUCAUCGUCUCGGGGGAGUCUGGCGCCGGCAAGACCGAAAACACCAAGUUCGUUCUCAGAUACUUGACGUCGUCGUAUGGAACCGGUCAGGACAUCGACGAGAGGAUAGUGGAAGCGAACCCGUUGCUGGAAGCUUUCGGAAACGCGAAAACUGUCCGGAACAACAACAGCAGCCGCUUCGGAAAGUUUGUGGAAAUCCACUUCAAUGAGAAGAACGCCGUCGUGGGCGGCUUCGUGUCGCACUACCUGCUGGAGAAGUCGAGGAUCUGCAGACAAAGCAAAGAGGAGAGAAACUACCACAUCUUCUACCGACUGUGUGCCGGAGCGCCCGAGGACAUCAGGCAGAAGUUCCACCUCGGCUCCCCGGACACCUUCAGGUACCUGAACAGAGGAUGCACUCGCUUCUUUGCCUCCAAAGAGACGGACAAACAGAUCCUGCAGAACCGCAAGAGCCCAGAGCACUUGAAGUCGGGCCCUCUGAAGGACCCGCUGCUGGACGAUCAGGGAGACUUCAACAGGAUGUCCGUGGCGAUGAAGAAGAUCGGCCUGGACGACACGGAGAAGCUGGACCUGUUCAGGGUGGUGGCCGGCGUGCUGCACCUCGGCAACAUCGACUUUGAGGAGGCCGGAAGCACAUCAGGUGGCUGCGCCAUCAAGAACCAGUCGAGUCAGACGCUGGAUCACUGCGCCGAGCUGCUGGGCCUGGAGGAGGAGGACCUGAGAGUCAGCCUCACCACCAGGGUGAUGCUCACGACAGCAGGGGGCGCCAAAGGAACGGUCAUCAAGGUGCCGCUCAAAGUGGAGCAGGCCAACAACGCUCGGGACGCCCUGGCGAAGGCCGUGUACAGCCACCUGUUCGACCACGUGGUGACCCGGGCCAACCAGUGCUUCCCCUUCGACUCCUCCGCCAACUUCAUCGGCGUCCUGGACAUCGCUGGCUUUGAGUACUUUGAACACAACAGCUUCGAGCAGUUCUGCAUCAACUACUGUAACGAGAAACUGCAGCAGUUCUUCAACGAGCGCAUACUGAAAGAGGAGCAAGAGCUGUACCAGAGGGAGGGGCUCGGAGUCAACGAGGUUCACUAUGUCGACAAUCAGGACUGCAUCGACCUGGUGGAGGCGAAGAUGGUCGGCAUCCUGGACAUCCUGGACGAAGAGAACCGACUACCUCAACCCAGCGACCAGCACUUUACCGACACCGUUCACAACAAACACAAGGGCCACUUCCGCCUCACCGUACCCAGGAAGUCUAAGCUGACCGUCCACAGGAACGUGAGGGAUGAUGAAGGAUUUAUUAUCAGACACUUUGCAGGAGCCGUGUGCUACGAGACGACCAAGUUUGUGGAGAAGAACAACGACGCCCUGCACAUGUCUCUGGAGUGUCUGGUCAGCGAGUCCAAGGACCGCUUCGUCCGCGAACUCUUCGAGAACUCCAACAACAGCAAAGACAUGAAGCAGAAGGCGGGAAAACUCAGCUUCAUCAGCGUCGGCAACAAGUUCAGGACCCAGCUGAAUCUCCUCCUGGAGAAGCUCCGCGGCACGGGCUCCAGCUUCAUCCGCUGCAUCAAACCAAACCUGAAGAUGGUCAGCCACCAGUUUGAAGGAGCUCAGAUUCUCUCCCAGCUGCAGUGCUCCGGUAUGGUGUCGGUGUUGGACCUGAUGCAGGGCGGCUUCCCCUCCAGGGCUCCCUUCCAUGAACUCUACAACAUGUACAAGCAGUACAUGCCUCCCAAACUCUGCCGCCUCGACCCGCGCCUCUUCUGCAAGGCUUUAUUCAAAGCUCUGGGACUGAAUGAAAACGACUACAAGUUCGGCCUGACCAGAGUGUUUUUCCGGCCCGGGAAGUUUGCAGAGUUCGACCAGAUCAUGAAGUCGGACCCGGACCACCUGGCGGAGCUGGUGAAGAAGGUCAACACGUGGCUCAUCCACAGCCGCUGGAAGAAGUGCCAGUGGGGCGCUCUGUCCGUCAUCAAACUGAAGAACAAGAUUCUGUAUCGGACCAGCGCCUGUAUCAUGAUGCAGAAGACGGUUCGGAUGUGGCUCUGCAGGAGGAAGCACAAGCCUCGCAUCGACGGGUUGGUGAAGGUGCGUAACCUGAAGAAGAGGAUGGACCGCUUCAACGAGGUGGUGGCCGGGCUGAAGGAGGGCAAACAGGAGAUGAGCAAACAGAUCCAGGAGCUGGACACCGCCAUCGACUCCAUGAUGGUCAAAAUCAAGAGCACCAUCAUGACCCGGAUCGACAUCGACCAUGAGUACAAGUCCCUGGUGACCCGGUCGGAGCAGCUGCUGACCGCCAUGCAGAACAAGAAGAAGGAGGAGGAGGAGCGGGAGCGGCUGCGACGCAUCGAGGAGGAGAUGGAGCGGGAGAAGAAGAGGAGGGAGGAGGAGGAGCAGCAACGCAAGCAGGAGGAGGAAGACCGGCGACUGAAAGCAGAGAUGGAGCUGAAGAGGAAGCAGGAGGAGGAGGAGAGGAAGAGGAGGGAGGAGGAGGAGAGGAAGAUGCAGGCGGAGAUGCAGGUCGAGAUGGAGGUGCAGCUGCAGGCGGAGCGGGAGGAGGACGCGUCUCGGCAGACCGUCCUGGAGCAGGAGAGGAGGGACCGGGAGCUGGCGCUGAGGAUCGCUCAGAGCGAGUCCGAGCUCAUCCCCGAGGAGGUGCAGAACGACUCCGGCCUGCGCAGUAACGGCUCCUCAGUUCCAUCGUCCCCAGAGAGAGCAGCCUCUGCUGGAACCACAAUGCUCAAGAGCUUGACCAUGGAGGAAAUGGCGAAGGAAAUGACUGAACUCCUGGCUAGAGGUCCACAGGUUCAGGCCUCCAAGGCUGCUGCCGGGGCCAAGAAGUACGAACUGAGCAAGUGGAAGUACGCUGAGCUUCGGGACGCUAUCAAUACCUCGUGUGACAUCGAGCUGCUGGCCGCCUGCAGAGAGGAGUUCCACCGCCGGCUCAAAGUUUACCACGCCUGGAAGUCAAAGAACAAGAAGAGAAACACGGACACGGAGCCGCAGCGAGCGCCCAAAUCAGUCACCGACUACGCUCAGCAGAACCCGGCCCCGCCCAUCCCGGCCCGGCAGUACGAGGUGGCGAUGAACCGGCAGCAGCGCUACUUCCGCAUCCCGUUCAUCCGGCCGGGCGACCAGUACAAAGACCCCACGAACAAGAAGAAGGGCUGGUGGUACGCUCACUUCGACGGGCCCUGGAUCGCCAGGCAGAUGGAGCUGCACCCGGAUAAACACCCCAUCGUCCUGGUGGCAGGAAAGGACGACAUGGAGAUGUGCGAGCUGAGUCUGGAGGAGACGGGCCUGUCGAGGAAGAGGGGAGCCGAGAUCCUCCCACGGCAGUUCGAGGAGAUCUGGGAGCGCUGCGGCGGGAUCCAGUACCUUCGUAGCGCCAUCGAGAGCCGGCAGGCGCGCCCCACCUACGCCACCGCCAUGCUGCAGAGCAUGUUCAAGUAGACGGAGCCCGGCCGGGGGGGCGAGGGCUUCUCACUGCAAACAAAGGGACAAACGCACCAGCUACCUAACACAGAUGACAGUGUGAGCGUACUGCACCAGGUUCUGACUGCAGGGCGUUCACGUGAACAACGAUUUCUCUCAACUGUCCUUUUGUUUCUCUCGUUUUUUGUUCGUGCUGGCUUUCAGUUCCUCGACGGGGGAGGGGGGGGCGAGGGCAGGGAAGUUUUGCAUUGAACCCUAUGCAGAAAAAUCAUACUAAAUUAUCACAUCUGGUGGUUUUCCAAGGAAUUCUGUUCUCCGUAACAUCUCUGCAAGUCUAACUACGAGGCCUUAAUACUACUUUAACAGGGUUGCAAUGCCAGAAGUAGGACUUUCUGUUUCGUUCAAACACGCUGCCUCCCCAAAACUUAAUUCCUCUGUAAUUAUGCAUUCCUGAUUAUUACACUGAAGUCUCACCGGUGUGUCGCUUCCAUCUUUUAACAGCUAGCUGGUGAUCCCUCUCCGACUUAAAACCUGCUGUUUACAUUGUCUUCAUGUGGUUCUUACAGGGCGAAAAAACACUUGCACAAGGAGCCGUCGGCGCUCACCGUGAGGCGGCGCUCACCCCGUGAGGCGGCGCUCACCGUGAAGCGGCGCUGCAUGAGCGACUGCACUCAGAAUUAAGUCAAAUAUUUGCUAAUACUUACUUUUUUUUUUAUUUUACCUUUUGUCUUUCCAACCGAAUGUAACUUGAGACCUCGUUGAUUUGUUCAUGUAGUGAUUCUUCUUUUUCUUCUCACUCUGUGUGAUUUAAUGUGUAAAAGUUAAUGAGAAAAAGGUCCAAAAAACAUUCGACUUUGAGACCAAACGUCGAUCCAAACUUUGAAACCCUCGUUGGGUUUUGUUUUUUGUUUUCGGGGGUGGGCCGGAGCAUUAAUUCAGCUCUGUGAUUAAUUUUGUUGUCUGCGUUUAUUAAGCGAAGCAGAAAAUGUGAAAUAAUAAUUAUGCAACUCCUCGCGGGUCAGUGCUGCAAAAAAAAUUAUCCUUCAUACCAUCUUCAAAUUUGAUCUUUUUACACGAGGAAACAUAAUUUGCCAACGCAGUGAUUCCCAAGGCAGUUUUCCAUUGACAUCCAUUUGUUUCAUUUGAUUCCAGAAAAAUUAAAAUCUCAGAUUGGAAUUUUUUUUCUGCCGCGUGAGAAGCUAUCGUCAUUAACUCUGUACGAUGCACUGGUGGUACUCAGCCUUGAACUGGAACAUUCAUACACUGAACACUGAAGAAGUGCAGUCUGUGCAGCCUACGGUGAUACUUCCAACUGGAAUGUGAACGUUUUAUUUUUCAAAAGAACAGUUUCUACUUCAGUGGCUCGGGCACGAGAAGCAAUAAAUCACGCAAAACUAAGAAAAAAAAAAAAAAACACGCUUCCUUUCGACGGGUACAUGAAAAAAGAUUUAAAGACAAUCUGCUGUGACGUUCCACCUUUACUCACCUGAGGUUGCCAAGUUCCCUGAGCUUUCUAUUUUCCUUCUUGACGCUCUCCUCUGCACAACUUUAGAUUGUCUGAAGAUCUGUCUCGUUGUAGCUGAUCCCCUUUGUACGAACGGCAUUAACAUGCAGAGGACGCAGCCUCGGAAAUCAAUGAACGAAUGAACCCGAGAUACACUGACGGUCUGAUAGUCUGGAUAAGAGCGACAGGAAGUUUGGAUUUGGUGAUCUACGGGUCGAACGAUGUCUAGACGAGGGGUUUAGUUUACACGCUGAAGAAACAAUAGACUCUUAAAAUUGCAUCAGUUCAGGUUCACACAGAGUUACGUCUUCAAAGAUCUGAAUUUGCAUUUCAAAGAUGGUUCAAGUUUGAUUAAAAAAGCGUGUAAACAAACAUCAGAAUGCCUUCAGGAUACCCGGUUAGACGAGUCGUUUCCCUGUCUGUUAAUGCCGAGUGUAAAAGGGGCAACACAUUCUACGAUCAAGACCCCAGUAUUGGUUUCAACACCCGAGUCAUGACCUCAAAAAUGUUCCCUCAAAGUGUACAAGAACAUGUUUCUGUUCCACACAUUUACAAUCAUUCCUCGGGAAGCACUGCCUUUUGUCCACCGUCACUUUUCUAACGCUGAUCUCUCUCUCUCUUUAACAGAUGAAUAAAAGCAUUCCAUGUUUCA